UGUGAUCCGGUCUAUUGUCUUGCUGUACUCGGGAAUAACACCAUGGGGAGAUUAGAUGCGCUCCGGCAGUUUAAUUUGGUCAAAUGGCUCAGGGAGGAGAGACAGUCGAGGAAACUGAGUCUCUUCAUCGUUUUCGUCGCUCUGCUUUUGGAUAACAUGCUGCUCACUGUUGUCGUUCCCAUCAUUCCCAGCUACCUUUAUAACCUAGAUGAGUCUGCAGAUGUGGUGUUGAAGAACAACACCUUGUCACAGCGGGUUCCUCCAGGUGCCUUCCAAAACAUUGUGUCCUUAUACGACAACACUGUGAGGACUUCAGGCUCUAACACCACAGUCAGGUCAACUGACCUGGCCCCUACAGCCCCCAGUGCUACAGAGCUGCCACAGAACUCCUCCGAUUGUCCAAAGUCCGAGAGCAAGCUGCUCAGUGAGAAUGUCAGAGUGGGAAUGCUUUUCGCCUCCAAAGCCACUGUACAGCUGAUUACCAACCCCUUCAUUGGACCGCUCACAAACAGAAUAGGAUACCAGCUUCCCAUAUUUGCAGGCUUUUGUAUCAUGUUCAUCUCUACAAUCAUGUUUGCCUUUUCAUCGAGCUACGCUCUGCUGUUUCUGGCCAGAUCUCUGCAAGGUGUGGGCUCCUCUUGCUCCUCUGUGGCCGGGAUGGGAAUGCUUGCGAGUGUGUACACAGAUGAUGAGGAGAGAGGUCACGCUAUCGGGAUCGCUCUGGGAGGUCUGGCAUUAGGAGUGCUAGUUGGACCCCCAUUCGGCAGCGUCAUGUAUGAGUUUGUUGGAAAGACGGCUCCUUUCCUGAUUCUGGCUUUCCUGGCUUUGUUUGAUGGAGCUCUGCAGCUCUUUGUUCUUCAGCCCACCAAGGUGGAACCAGAGAGUCAGAAGGGGACCCCACUGCUGACACUAAUGAAGGAUCCAUACAUUCUUAUCGCAGCAGGUGCCAUUUGUUUUGGAAAUAUGGCCAUUGCCAUGAUGGAGCCAACACUGCCGAUCUGGAUGAUGGAGACCAUGUGUGCCAGGAAAUGGCAGCUAGGCGUCGCUUUCUUACCAGCAUCCAUCUCCUACCUUAUUGGAACCAACAUCUUCGGCACAUUGGCACACAGGAUGGGGAGAUGGCUUUGUGCUCUCAUUGGAAUAACUGUGGUUGGAAUCAGUGUAAUAUGUGUUCCAUUUGCCAGUAACAUCUAUGGUCUGAUAAUUCCAAACUUCGGUGUUGGUUUUGCUAUUGGCAUGGUGGACUCCUCUAUGAUGCCUAUAAUGGGCUACUUGGUGGACUUACGGCAUGUGUCUGUGUAUGGAAGUGUGUAUGCCAUUGCUGAUGUGGCUUUCUGCAUGGGAUUUGCUUUAGGUCCAUCUAUCGGAGGAUCCAUAGCUGAGAGUAUUGGCUUCCCCUGGCUGAUGACCAUCAUUGGAAUAGUGGACAUCUUGUUUGCUCCGCUCUGCCUCUUCCUUAGGAAUCCACCGGGACAAGAAGAGAAAAUUGCCAUUUUGAUGGACACCAACUGCUCGAUGAAGACAAGGUCCUACUCCACACAGGGGACGUACUACCAGGGUGAAAACAUGGAUCCAGAAUAUGACGAUUAUGAUUAA